AUGGCAGCGUGCUGCGUGGUGCUGCGUGCAGUGGCGGUGGCCCGACGCACAACGCACGCCGCUCAAAGGAGGGCCGUGGAGGUUCGCGAGGUGGAGGUUCGCGAGGUGGAGGUUCGCGAGGUGGAGGUUCGCGAGGUGGAGGUUCGCGAGGUGGAGGUUCGCGAGGUGGAGGUUCGCGAGGUGGAGGUUCGCGAGGUGGAGGUUCGCGAGGUGGAGGUUCGCGAGGUGGAGGUUCGCGAGGCGGAGGUUCGCGAGGUGGAGGUUCGCGAGGUGGAGGUUCGCGAGGUGGAGGUUCGCGAGGCGGAGGUUCGCGAGGUGGAGGUUCGCGAGGUGGAGGUUCGCGAGGCGGAGGUUCGCGAGGUGGAGGUUCGCGAGGCGGAGGUUCGCGAGGUGGAGGUUCGCGAGGUGGAGGUUCGCGAGGUGGAGGUUCGCGAGGCGGAGGUUCGCGAGGUGGAGGUUCGCGAGGUGGAGGUUCGCGAGGUGGAGGUUCGCGAGGUGGAGGUUCGCGAGGUGGAGGUUCGCGAGGCGGAGGUUCGCGAGGUGGAGGUUCGCGAGGUGGAGGUUCGCGAGGUGGAGGUUCGCGAGGUGGAGGUUCGCGAGGUGGAGGUUCGCGAGGUGGAGGUUCGCGAGGUGGAGGUUCACGAGGUGGAGGUUCGCGAGGUGGAGGUUCGCGAGGUGGAGGUUCGCGAGGCGGAGGUUCACGAGGUGGAGGUGGACGAGGACCGCGAGGACCACGAGGACCGCGAGCAGGAAGAUGAGGACCACGAGGACGAUGAGGACCACGAAGAAGAUGAGGACCACGAGGACGAUGAGGACCACGAGGACGAAGAGGACCACGAGGACGAUGAGGACCACAAAGAAGAUGAGGACCACAAAGAAGAUGAGGAUCAGGACCACAAGGACGAUGAGGUCCACGAGGACGAUGAGGUCCACGAGGACGAUGAGGACCAUGAGGACGAUGAGGUCCACGAGGACGAUGAGGACCACGAGGACGAUGAGGACCACGAGGACGAUGAGGACCACGAGGACGAUGGGGACCACGAGGACGAUGAGGUCCACGAGGACGAUGAGGACCACGAGGACGAUGAGGACCACGAGGAUGAUGAGGACCACGAGGACCAAGAGGACGAUGAGGACCACGAGGAUGAUGAGGACCACGAGGACCACGAGCAGCAUGACGAGAAGCAGCGGGAGGUUGGCAGUGGGCGCCCUGCAGCUGCAGCGUGCACUCUGCCCCGUUAG